ACGUUUGCAGUGACGUUGGACGGUGUAAGCACGUGCCAGAAGUCUCUGCUACCUGCUGGCGAAUCACAAUGGAUCACCACACAUUUGAUUGGUGUGCAGAGUGAACACGAGUAUCUUGCUAUCACUGCGCAUGGUGGAAAUGGGAACAGACUGGCCGGAUUCCAACAUGACAAUAUGCGCCCGUCGGAGAAGAGACUUGUGGCACGUCACGCCACACGGAGAGAGGUCCACAGUUCCACACCAACAACUAUAAAUUCAGACAGCCCCCAGCCGAUUGACAUUGAGCCACACACACACAAAGAGAACAGACCUCGCAAGCCAAGAAACAGAGCAAGUUCAGUGAAGAUGGUGGCGAAGGAGGCGAUGCCGCUGCUGACGCCGCACAAGCUGGGGCAGUUCGAUCUGUCACACCGGGUGGUGCUCGCGCCGCUGACGCGGAGCCGCUCCUACGGCAGCGUGCCGCAGCCGCACGCGGCUCUCUACUACUCGCAGCGGGCGACCAAGGGCGGCCUCCUCAUCUCCGAGGCCACCGACGUCUCUUUCACCGCCAAAGGGUAUCCUGAGACUCCAGGCAUCUGGACGCAGGAGCAGGUUGAAGCUUGGAAGCCCAUCGUCGACGCCGUCCACCGGAAGGGAGCGUUCUUCUUCUGCCAGAUUUGGCAUGUCGGGAGGGUCUCCACAAACGAUUACCAGCCAGAUGGUCAGGCACCGAUCUCCAGCACGGAUAAGCAGAUAACGCCUGAACCCGAUGGGCGGCACGACGCCGAGGGCGGCGUAGUGUACUCCAAGCCGCGGCGGCUUCAGAUAGAGGAGAUCCCCGCGAUCGUCGAUGACUUUAGGCGCGCUGCUCGGAACGCCAUUGAGGCAGGCUUCGACGGCGUGGAGAUCCAUGGCGCACACGGGUACCUCUUGGAGCAGUUCAUGAAAGACAGCUGCAAUGACCGCACCGAUGAGUACGGUGGUUGCCUCGAGAACCGAUGCCGCUUUGCGGUUGAGGUGAUUGAUGCGGUUGUUCGCGAGGUGGGCGCGGAACGUGUGGGCAUUAGGCUGUCUCCAUUUGUGGACUACAUGGAUUGCUACGACUCCGAUCCACAUGCCCUCGGUGCAUACAUGGUGCAACAACUUAACAAACACCAGGGGUUCCUCUACUGCCACAUGGUUGAACCUCGGAUGGCCAUUGUAGAUGGCCGUCGGCAGAUACUUCACGGGCUUCUACCCUUCAGGAAAGCAUUCAACGGCACUUUCAUUGCAGCCGGAGGGUACGAUCGGGAGGAAGGCAACAAGGUCAUCGCUGACGGCUAUGCUGACCUUGUCGCCUACGGGAGGCUCUUUCUGGCUAAUCCGGAUUUGCCAAAGAGAUUCGAGCUAGGUGUCCCCUUGAACAAGUACGACCGUUCCACCUUCUACACACAAGAUCCCGUCGUUGGCUACACAGACUAUCCUUUCCAUGAUAGCUCAACUGCUGAAUAGUUCGUCCACUUGACUUCAAUUUAUAACAGGCCUCGCAAAACAAAAAUCAUUCGACAUAUCGGUUUCACUUGUCAAGCAAUGGUAGUGAAGAGUCCUCAAUUUGUUGUCAUGAAGCUGUCCAAUUAUUUAUCCCCAAUCAAUGAAGCGGUUGAGGCAUUCGACCUAUAUUUCCUCUA